GUCAAAAUCUACGAUUGCCAUUGCCGCCUUGAAGACAACGGGACACGGAACUCUCAAGGAUACUACGCGUUUAAAAAAUUGACGUCUCACAACCCAAAACUUUUUGAAUUAGAGCUUUCCUCAUUGGUCGUCUCCGGGCACCAUGAUAGUAGCAGGCAACACAUUUCCAAGUGCUUGCAACAUUUGAGGAGG